UAUAACAAUGCAUUUUAAAUAAUUGGAAGUGUGCGGUGAAUCAUUAAGUGUUAAGAAUCACUGCAGCAACAAAUCGUGUCAUUACGGUAAUGUACCACGUGAUGAACACAAUGCGAUUUUUCAGAAGUCAUGACGGAAAUAUUUUCAACGUUGUUCGGACAAAAUGACGCACAGCCGUCUACAGGGCAAGCAGGUUUAGGGUUCGCCGCCGGUAAACCUCCGCCGCCGAUGCCGUCAAACCAAGCGCCGGUGGCGGCUCAGAUCCCAGGACAGCUCGGGGAUGAGGGGCCUACACUGCGAAAACCCGGAGCCAUGAACGAACCUUUCUAUUUACUCCGAGAACUGCCCGUUGGAAACGAGCUGACGGGGAACACGAACCUCAUCACGCACUACAGUCUCGAACACGCGUUUAAUAAAUUCUGCGGCAAGAAAGUGAAGGAGAAACUGAGCAACUUCUUACCAGAGCUACCAGGAAUGAUAGACUGUCCAGGGAUUCAGGAUGGCAGUUCUCUGCGCUCUCUCAUAGAAAAGCCUCCGGUCUGUGGAAACUCCUUCAGUCCGCUGACGGGAGCUCUACUCACUGGAUUCCGAUUGCACACUGGCCCGCUUCCAGAGCAAUACAGACUGAUGCACAUACAGCCGCCCAAGAAAAAGAGCAAACAGAAACGAAAUCCCCGACCUCUGGAUCCUCUGCCGCCAGAGACCCCCUCAGAUUCUGACCCCAAGAAGAAGAAGAAAAAGAGGGACGAUGAUCCCGAUCGCAAGAAGAAGAAGAAAGACAAGAAGAAGAAAAAGAGUCGACACAGUCCUGAUCACCCUGGUCUUACUGGAUCUCAACCCAACAGCAACAGCCUGAGAUAGAACCACUGUGUGUGUGAGUGUGUGUGUGUGUGUGUGUGUGUGUGUGUGUUGAACAGUCACCCUGAUAUGGACCAGUGUGUUUAAAUGAUGUUUACAGAGACCGAUUGUUGAAGAUUUUUGCCAUUUUUUUUUCCCCCUUUCUUUUUCUGGUUAUAAAGAAAACCUGAAUGAAUAAACUGUUAUUCUUUACACAA